AUGGAUGACGCCACCCAGGAGGGUUACCACCUGCUGGCCCCAGGGGCGCUGUGUGUCCUCCUGAGCCUGUCGGGAGCUGGAAGCCAGAAGAGCGGGGGCUGUGCCAGGUGGUGCCCUGCCAACUCGGAAUGUGCCAGUGCCAACACAUGUCGCUGCAAGCCAGGGUUCACCUCGUCUGAGGAAUUCAUCACCAGCCCCUGGGGUGUCUGUGACGACAUCAAUGAGUGUGUGCAGCCCAGUCUAGUGUCCUGUGGAAAAUUUGCGGACUGUGAGAACACGGAAGGGAGUUACCGCUGCAUCUGCAGCCCAGGAUAUGAGCUGGUUUCUGGAAGGAAGUUUUUCACUAACCAGAGUGAGAACACCUGUCACGCACUGGUGGCCACCGGCGUGACAUCUACGCCCUCUGGGGUCCACACCAGCCCAGCGCCACCUGGCCACCCCUCUGACCCCGCAAGGACGGCGCACCCGCGGACACAAUCUGGGGACUUGGGAGGAAGGACGCUCAAGGAUGUGAAUGAGUGCACCUCGGGGAGAAGCCUCUGCCACAACUCCACCCACUGCAUCAACAGUGUGGGCGGCUACCAGUGCCUCUGCCGCCCAGGCUGGAAGCCGGUCGCUGGGUCCCCCAACGGCCCACCAAACACGGAGUGCGAAGAUGUGGACGAGUGCAGCUCCGGACAGCAUCAGUGUCACAACUCCACUGUCUGCAGCAACACCCGGGGGUCCUACAAGUGCCACUGCCGCCCUGGCUGGGAGCCGGUCCCCGAGACCCGCAGCGGGCCCAAGAACACGCGCUGCACAGAGCCGGCGUCCUUCCCCGCCUGGACGCCGCCGUCGGGAGUCCACAGCCAGAGCCUCUCCCGCUUCUUUGAAGAAGUCCAGGAUCUGCUCAGAGACUUCGACGCAGCCAAUGCCAGCCACACCAUCCAGGGACUCAUGCGGAAGGUGGACGAGCUGCUGGACGUCCCUGGGGACCUGAGCACCCUGCCCCACUCACAGCAACGCUGCGUGGCCACUAGCCUGCUCAUGGACCUGGAGGGGACCCUGGGUAUCCUGGGCAAGGCCGAGCCUGAGGGGACGUCGUCCUUCAGUUAUUCUGCAGGCACCCAACUGUCUCUGGAGGUGCAGAAGCACGGAGGACCCAGGAAUGUCACCUUGACUCAGAGUCGAGCGGAGAUGCAGCUGAGCUGGGACCCGACUCAGCAACCUGGUGCCACGGGCAUCGGUAAAUUGCUGGCGGAGGCUCCGCUGCUCCUGGAGCCUGAGCACGGGGAUGCGCACGGGACCCACACGAGCUCGCUGCCGGGGUCCACGCCGGUUCUGCUCUCUGACGUCAUUUCCGUCUUCGUGAGCCACAAGGACACGCUGACCCUCAGCUCCCCGGUCACCCUCACCUUCGUCCACCACCCUCCGAGCCCCGGGUCGCGGGGACAGGCGCUCUGCGUCUUCUGGGACCGCGGCCAGGACGGAUGCGGGCGCUGGGCCACCGUGGGCUGCAGGACGGCGCGCGGCGCAGGGACCAGCACCACGUGCCAGUGCGCGCAUCUCAGCAGCUUCGCGGUGCUCAUGAUGCCCUUCGCCGAGCAGGAGGACGACCGUGUGCUGAACGCCAUCACCUGCGCGGGGCUCAGCCACACCCUGCUGUGCCUCCUCCUGGCGGGCCUCACCUUCCUCCUGUGCAGGCCCAUCCGGGGCACCAGCACCUCGCUGCACCUGCAGCUCUGCCUCUGCCUCUUCCUGGCCCACCUCCUCUUCCUCACGGCCAUCGACCAGACCGAACCCAAGGAGCUGUGCGCCACCAUCGCGGGCGCCCUGCACUUCCUCUACCUGGCGGCCUUCUUCUGGAUGCUGCUGGAGGGGCUGCAGCUCCUCCUCACCGCCCGCAGCCUCACCCAGCUCGGCGCCGCCCGCAGGAGCAAGCUCAUGCGCAGGGUCAUGUUCCCGGUGGGCUACGGGGGGCCCGCGGCCAUCGUGGCCGUGUCCGCGGCGUCCAGGCCUCACCUGUACGGAAGCCCCACGCGCUGCUGGCUCCAGCUACACCAAGGGUUCAUCUGGGCGUUCCUCGGCCCCGUCUGCGGCAUCAUCUGUGUAAAUUUUGUGCUGUUUGUCGUGGUCCUUUCGAUCUUGAGAAGGAAGCUUUCCUCCCUCAACAGUGAGGUGUCAACCAUCCAGGACACAAGGAUGCUGACGGUCAAGGCCAUGGCCCAGCUCUUCAUCCUGGGCUGCACGUGGUGCCUGGGCGUCCUGCAGGUGGGGCCGGCCGCGCGCGUCAUGGCCUACCUGUUCACCGUGGUCAACGCCCUGCAGGGAGUCUCCGUCUUCCUGGUGUACUGCCUCCUCAGCCGGCAGGUCCGGACCCAAUACCGAAAGUGGUUUCAAGACAUCAGGAAGUCGAAAUCUGAAUCUGAGACAUACACUCUUUCCAGCAAGUUUGCUCCUGACUCCAGACUCAGUGAGAACAAAUGAAGAGAAAAUAUUAGAACUAGAAAAUUCAACAUCAUACGGAAAGUCCUAACCACGCAUCAGUCUUGUUGGCAUCAUGAAAAAUAAAGACAAAGACUUUAUACACGUCAUCUGGAGGCAGGAAAUAGCUAGACUUCACUUCCUGAUGUGCUUGGCUGCCAUAUAUAAGCUUUCCAUUUCAAAUGAGUUUUGUUUCCGCCGUGCUGGGGAAGAACUCUAAGGAGGUCUGCGCUCUACCACUGAGCUUUGGCCCAGCCCCGGAGUUCUCCUUGUUGCUGAUUUGAGGGAACCCCCCCCCAUAAACUCAUGGGUCUAAAUACUGCAGUCAGUUGGCUGUGCCGUUUUGUGGAGACUUUAG